AUGGGUGAACCCUUGAUGCCUGAAAAGGUUCGAGAUGAGCAUGACACCAACAACUUGGAUAUACCCUCUCACUCCCACUCAUCAUUCCAACACCACAGGCCAGACCAUGACAGAUACCACCGUCCUCAUGAAUCCCAUCACUUCACAGAAGGUCAUCAUCAUGGGCCCACCAUCUCACAUCCCUUGGUUGGGAUCCCUCCCAUACUACCAACCACCCCCACCAUUAUUAUGAAGACUACCCUAAUGAUGAACACCACCAUGGUAGUAGGAUUCAUCAGGGUGGGUCCCAUCACCAUACAGAGGCAUACCACCACCACACUGGACCUCAACAAGGUGGGCCCCACUACCAUGCUGAGUCAGACCACCAUGAUGGGCCACAUCACCAAGGCAGGCAUCAUUAUACUAGUGGGCAUCCACACCACCAACCCUCUGGUGUGUCCUACCAACACAGUGAGAUUUCCUACUCUAGUGGGCACAAUUUACCUGGUGUGUCGCACCACCAUGGUGAGCAUGGCCCAUACUAUCACCCCACGGGGUCCCAGCAUCUUGAACCCCACCAGUAUGACAGGCUCCAUCCUCAUGAAUACCACCACCACAAAAAGUACCCUCAUCACAAAGAUAAUUUUCACAGCCAUCCCUCUGAGGAGUCCUACCACCAUGGCACACCUCACUUUCACAGAGAAAAUUAUGGAGGUUAUCAACCCAGUGAAGACCACCAUGGUGAGCACCACCACCAUAGAGAUUACCACCAUGGGGAGCAACACCAUGCUGAGCCACACCAUAGUGACCACCACCACCACAGAGAUCACCACCAUGGUGAACCAUACCAUGCUGAGUCACACCACAGUGACCAUCACUACCCUAGAGAUUACUACCAUGGUGAACCAUACCAUGCUGAGUCACACCACAGUGACCACCACCACCACAGAGAUCACCACCACGGUGAACCAUACCAUGCUGAAUUACCACCAUGGUGAACCAUACCAUGCUGAGUCCCAUCAUAGUGACCACCACCACCACAGAGAUUACCAUGGUGAACGGUACCAUGUUGAGCCACACCAUAGUGACCACCACCACCACAGAGAUCACCACUACGGAGAACACCACCACCCUGAGUACCACCACUACCACGGUGAGCACCACCACCACAAGGAACAUCCGGAGCAUCACCACAGCAUACAUCAUUAUGAUCACCUCCACAGGGAUUACUACCAGGACUACGACAAGAGCGGCUCUCAACUCUCUGUCCCACACAAGCCACACAGCAUCACUGGCUCUGCUUUUCAUCUAGAGCCUACCAAGAGCUUGCCCCACAGUGUGAUUCAGUCCCACACUACAGUUUACUCACGUGGCUCUCAGGCCUCCAACAAAGUUCAUCCUCAGGACUCCUCUUCCAAAGAAUCAGAAAGCUGGUCUGAAGAUGAGCAAUAUCAGAAGCAAAAAAAGGCCCGAGGCCAGCGGACCCACAAGAAGUACACUAUGAACAUCUUCCAACGGCUGUGUGAAAAAUUAAAAAACCUCCUUUUGGGUCCCUGGAAAAUUAUCAGGAACCUGACUCAGUCCUCGAUCUUUGAAACCUUCAUCUUCCUCAUCGUCUUCCUCAAUAUCAUCAUGCUUAUGGCCCAGACCUUCGCAGAAGUCAAGAUCAGGGGUGAGUGGUACUUCAUGGCCUUGGACUGUGUUUUCCUCAGCAUCUACAUAACAGAGGCCCUGCUCAAGAUCAUUUCCCUAGGCCUGGAUUAUUUUUAUGAUCCUUGGAACAAUCUGGACUUCUUCGUCAUGCUCAUGGCCGUGCUGGACUUCGCACUCAUGCAAGUCAACUCCCUGGACUCCUUCUACAACCACAGCCUCUUUCGGAUUCUCAAGGUCUUAAAGAUCAUGCGGGCGCUGAGAGCCAUCCGGAUUGUGCGGAGACUCAGAAUCCUGACCAGCCUCAAAGAAGUAACGGGGACCCUGGUGGGCUCCUUGAUGUCCAUCAUAACUAUCUUCAUCCUCAUAUUUUCCUGCCUCUUAUUCUUCUCUAUGAUCCUGACAUUGUUCCGAAGAUUUGAUCCCUGGCGCUUUGAGAACUUCUUUACCACCAUGUUCACCCUCUUCACCGUGCUUACCCUAGAUGACUGGUCCCUCAUCUACAUGGACAGCCGUGCCCAAGGUGCCUGGUACAUCAUCCCCAUUCUCAUGAUUUACAUCUUCAUCCAAAACAUCAUCUUCCUCAACCUGCUGACUGCUGUCCUAGUGGAUAACUUCCAGAUGGCCCUACUCAGAGAUGAAGAGAGAGUAAAGCAGGAGAUGACCGCCUGGAUCCAUGAGAAGCUGCUAGAUGACUCCUUGACAGAGCUCAACUAUUCAGAGCCUGAGGAGGUAAAGGACAAUGCCACCUUGGAGGUCAAGAAGUCUGAGACAAUGACUGAGAAGCAGUGGGAGUUACAAUCUCAGUUCCUGAAACUGGUGGCUAAGUUGGAGCAUCACAGGCAGAAGUUCUCCUCCGGAGCACGUGUCAUUGAUGAGGUUGUUGAUACCACAUUUGAAGUAAACCAGAAGACUUCAAGAAGGGACCCUGAAGAGCAGGAAUCAGUGGAGAUUUGA